AUGAUGGUUGGGAAAAUUUACCUGCUUCAAUGGUCCUACUUUACUGUUUUGUGAACCUCAGACUCUUUGAUGUAAAAAUUUGAAAAUUAGAGGUAAGUAUUUUUAUUCAAGGUAGAAUCAACAUUUUUUUAUCCUGGAUACUUUGUAGGUUUAAGGCAAAUAAAGAAAAUUUUGGUAAACAAAUCAUCAACAAAAUGAUUUUAUCAAGAAGUUCAUCGACACCUGUCGUCCAUGCUCGAUGACGGUCGAGGAAGCUCGCGAAAUUCGUUCACAUCAUCAUCAUCCAACAAGGAAAAUCUUCACAAAAUGUCGCUUCCGGCCCCCCAUGUCGAUCGGGUAAGCACAUUCGACGUGUAUCUUCUGAGAAUAAUGUAAAAGCAAUGGAGAUGGCCGAAGAAUUUGAUCACCAAGGUGACUCGCCCAUGGAAUACAUUGCGGUGAAUGUACAUGCGAGGAAGUCUAAGAGCAUGUCCAAACCAAAAUUUGAACCAAUUUUGUCAGUGUCAGAUAGAAAUAAUGGAUGCAAAAAUGUGUACUCCAGAAAUAUGGAUGCAAAAAUGUGUACUCCAGAAAUAUGGAUGAUUUGGACUUGCAACUCGAGUUUAGUUUUCCUCUGAUGUGUCACAAUAGCAUAGAUGGAGAAGAUCAUAAUAACGCAGGAUUUACUUUUUUCAACAUCUCAAACCGGGAAAUUUUUCCGGCUCCAAAAGGUAGAGAGAAAGCACCAACAUGGUUGUGCAUGGCCAUUGCUCCGGAUCCGAUGAUUUUCAAGCGAAACAGGUGCAGCGACAAUGCAAUACAACAAUAUUACGAGAACAUCUUAAAAGAUAAUCCAUACAAUCCUAUGAUAUUGAGAAAUUAUGCUCAAUACAUGUAUAAGAUUAGAGGAGAUCAUAAAAAAGCCGAAGAAUUAUACUCAAGGGCAUUACUAGUAGAGCCAAAUGACGGUGACAUCUUGUCAGAGUUUGCAAGACUGAGAUGGGAAGUAUAUAGUGAAAAAGAAGCGGCAUCAAACUACUUCGCAAGAGCGGUGCAUGCCUCUCCGCAGAACAGUGAUGUGCUUGCAGCUUAUGCUUCGUUUUUAUGGGAAGCGGAGGAAGGAGAAGAAGCGCAUGAUUCAAUUAAACAUCGUCAACAAUUAUGCGAGACGAGAUAG